UUCUUAAUCUGUGCCUCCAUGUACACAUAUAUGUCCUUUAUUAGACUCUAUUAGAUAGAGUAAACAUCGUUAAUAACUGUUUGCAUCCGGUUGUAUUAUUCCGAGUGCACUUUGAUGCUUCUCGAGCUAGCUUAGCUUGCCAGUUAGCUUAGCUUGUUAGCUGCUAACAAAGAGAGGCGGAAGUGAUCAAAACACAUCGCUAAGCAGAGAUCAAGUGUGAGUGUAAAGUGUUGUGAUUGUGUGAAAAUGUGCAAAAGAACGAUAGCAGAGUACGAGGAGGAACUUUGUCCAACAAAAGAGGAGAAGGGGCGACAACAACACAAACAUCAAGUUGUGUUACACAGAACAGACAUCCAUCAGCUGAUUGAACACCAAGAAGAAUGUCUCCCUCAUCUGCAGGGGAACAAUUUGACUUUAGAGUAUCCACAGCCCUCACACUUUAAAGGGGACGAGGUGGAUCCACAGCCCCCUUAUUUCAAAGAGGAAGAGGAGGGAGAGUGUCCUAUAGGGCAGGAGGAGGCUGAUCUCCGCAAGUUUCCACUGACUGUUGUCUCUGUGAAGACUGAAGAGCAUGAAGACAAACCACCUGAGUCCUCACAGCUGCAUCACAGUCCAAAUGUCCAGCAGCCCCCCCAAGUUAAAGAGGAAGAGGAUGAUCCACAGUCUCCCCACAUUAAAGAAGAAGAUGAGGAUCCUCAGCCCCCCAACAUUAAAGAGGAAGAGGAGGAAGUGUGGAUCACUCAGGAGGGAGAGUGUCUUCUAGGGCAGGAGGAGGCUGAUCUCAGCAAAUUUCCACUGAUUGUUGUCUCUGUGAAGACUGAAGAGCAUGAAGACAAACCACCUGAGUCCUCACAGCUUCAUCACAGUCCAAACGUCCAGCAGGUGUCAGCAGAGAGUCAUGAAGAGAUUCCCUCCAAGCAGCAGGAGUGGAGCUCCAGUGUGGGACAGAAAGAGCUACAGGCACCCUCCCACAUUAAAGAGGAAGAGGAGGAACUGUGGAAGCAGCUUCAAAGGUUGGAGGAGGCUAAUGAUGAAGAUAAAGCUCAUUCCUUACAGAACCAGACAGCAUCUUUGCUCCACUGUCAGACAUGGACCACAUGAUGUCGGACUCUUCUGAUCAUAGUGACCACAUCCAAAAACUUUUGGAGAGGAAAAAUGACUCCAAAGGUGAUACAAGACUUCACACUAGCAAAAAAGACUUUGACUGCUCUGAAUGUGGGAAAUCAUUUAGACAGAAGAGUCA